AGAAAUAAUGUCAGCUGUACGGCUGCUAGUAGACCAACUCGUCAAAUAACUAGAAGGUCUUCGUUAAGGAGAUCACGAGCUACAUUGGCUCAUAUGGGACAAACUAUAACGUCAAGACGUCCUGUAUCCUUCAGUUUGUUGAUCGCACUCGAAGCGAACCUCAUCUUACGUUCAGAUGUCAAUACUCUAUUAGAGGUUGAAGUCAAUGCGAUACCUCUUUCAAAUGCUGAAAACUCAGUAGAAAUUCCGCAAGAAAAAACGAAAUGA